AGAGUUCGUUUCCAAGGUUGCGAAGCAAACAAACUAACUAACAAAAAUUACAGCUGCCGGCUAGCACUGAAUGAAGCGAAAUACUUUAUUCUCAAUACAAGUUUUUAUAUCCACAGUCACAAAAUGGAAAAUGAAAAGGAAAAGCAUGAUGACUUUGCCGAUUUCGAAAUAACUCUGAAGAAGAUCGACCAAAUAUUAAAGGGUGAGCCCGAGGCAGAUGAGCCGCCCAAAGCGAAAACGGCUGAAGACUUCGAAAACAUGGAUGUAGAUAAAGUUCAGUUGAAAGUGCGCGAAGAUCGCACUGUAAUCAAUAAGCGCAGCGAGGAGCAGAACAAGCCCCAGCUCACGGACCAGCAAGGAUUCAUGAAGGAAGUCGAACGCGAUGCCAAUGAACGUGCACAGGCACGUGCCCAACGUGAAUAUGAGGCGGAGCUGCAGCGCAGUCAAGGCAAUGAGGCGUUUCGCGGCGGCAACUAUGAGAAGGCUAUUUUGCACUACAGCAAGGCAAUAGAACGAGUCAAGAAUAGCGCAAUUACCUAUAACAAUCGAGCCCUAUGCUACAUCAGACUCCGCAAUUACAAACGGGCCAUCGAUGACUGCCAAUAUGUGUUGGACAAGCUGCAGGAGACUAAUCUACGUGCUUGGCUGUACAAGGCCACUGCCCACAAGCAACAGAAAGAUGUGGAACGCUUUGAGGAGAGUGUGAAUCAGGCACGCUUGCACAAUCCACAGCAGCUAGCAUACAUCGACAAAUUCAUUAGCCAGAUUGAUGAGAAAAUGUAAUGAGAUUGAUUGAAGCACAUGUAAUUUGUAUUGAAUUGUACUUACUCAGCAUUAGCAUUACACCCAGAAAUGAGAC